UGUGAGUGAAUGAGAGUUCGCGUUAAAAGAGCAGAAAUGGCUCAGAUGCUCUGAUCUGUGAAGCUGCUCCGCACCAGCCGCUGGAUUCACCCCAGACUCAUCAGCGCGAGGACACUGAGAGCCACUCUGAGGUUGUUGUUAUGGCAGAGAAGUCGUGUGACAUGGGCUCCGUUAAUAUUGCCAUGGAAGACAGUCUGUGUAAUGGAGGCACGCAGACACAGCCGCAGGAGGCUCCACUACUGACCCAUCUGAAGAAGGUGGAGAACCAGAUCACUGAAGCUCAGCGCUUCUCUCACCUCCCCAAACGCUCUACAGUGGACCUGGAGUUCUCUGACCUGUCCUACACUAUCAGUGAGGGACCCUGCUGGAAGAAACAAGCUUCAACAGCAGGCUACAAGGCCCUACUCAAGUGUCUCUCUGGGAAGUUCUGCAGCCGGGAGCUUGUUGGGAUCAUGGGACCCUCAGGAGCUGGCAAAUCCACACUGAUGAACAUCCUGGCUGGCUACAGGGAAACAGGAAUGACAGGGCAGAUCCUGGUCAACGGCAGGCCCAGAGAUCUCCGCACCUUCCGCAAAAUGUCAUGUUAUAUCAUGCAAGAAGACAAGCUGCUACCCCACCUCACAGCUCAGGAGGCCAUGAUGGUGUCUGCCAACCUGAAGCUCAACGAAAGUAUCGAGGUGAAAAAAGAACUGGUGAAAGAGAUUCUUACAGCUCUGGGGCUCCAUACGUGUGCCCACACUCGCACUCUCUCCCUCUCUGGAGGGCAGUGUAAGAGGCUGGCCAUUGCACUCGAGCUGGUGAACAACCCUCCAGUCAUGUUCUUUGAUGAGCCCACCAGUGGUCUGGACAGUGCCUCGAGUUUUCAAGUCGUCUCAUUAAUGAAGUCUCUGGCCCAGGGCGGACGCACCAUCAUCUGCACCAUUCACCAGCCCAGUGCCAAACUGUUUGAGAUGUUUGAUAAGCUGUACAUCCUGAGCCAGGGACAGUGCAUAUACAAAGGCACUGUGCCAUACCUCAUCCCUUAUCUGAGAAACCUGGGACUGCACUGCCCUACGUACCACAACCCUGCAGAUUUCAUCAUCGAGGUGGCAUCAGGAGAGUAUGGGGAUUUAAACCCAGUUUUGUUUGAAGCUGUCCAAGGUGGAAUGUGUGUUCUAGAGGAGAAGAAGAAUUGCUGCGGAAAAAAGGACACCUCAAGCCCCUGUCCUGCAAAUUGUCCCCAAGACUCUGCAAUUGUUGAGAGCCAUACAUUUGCAACAAGCAGUUUGACUCAGUUCUACAUCCUCUUCAAAAGAACAUUAAUAACAAUAUGCAGAGACCAGGUGUUGACACACUUGCGGCUAAUGUCCCACAUCAGCAUUGGAGUGUUGAUAGGCCUGCUUUAUCUCAACAUUGGCAAUGAUGCCAGCAAAGUGUUCAACAACACCGGAUUCCUGUUCUUCUCCAUGCUCUUCCUCAUGUUCGGAGCCCUCAUGCCUACAGUACUCACAUUUCCUCUGGAGAUGGCUGUGUUUCUGAGGGAACAUUUGAACUACUGGUACAGUCUGAAGGCCUACUAUCUGGCCAAGACAAUGGCUGACAUUCCAUUCCAGGUCAUCUGUCCUCUUAUGUACUGUAGCAUUGUGUACUGGAUGACUGAGCAGCCUCCAGAGGCGAGUCGCUACUUACUCUUUCUGGCCUUGUCCAUCUGCACCGCCCUGGUAGCGCAGUCUCUGGGACUCCUCGUUGGUGCUGCUUCUACCUCUCUUCAGGUGGCCACGUUUGUUGGUCCAGUCACAGCCAUCCCAGUCCUCCUAUUUUCUGGCUUCUUUGUCAACUUUGACACCAUUCCAAAGUACCUGCAAUGGAGUUCUUAUGUCUCUUACGUUAGAUACGGCUUUGAGGGGGUCAUUCUGUCCAUCUACGGGAUGAACCGCACAGAAUUAGAAUGCCCAGGAAAGGUCUGCAAGUUCCAGAAGCCUGAGGAAGUUCUGCAGUUGCUGGAUGUAGAGGAUGCCAAGCUCUACAUGGACUUCAUCAUUCUGGGCAUUUUCUUCCUCAUCUUCAGGCUGGCUACAUACCUGGUGCUGCGGUACAAAGUCAAGAUUGAGCGAUAGUAUUUAUUUAAGUCAUUCCUCUCUUCUGUGCCAAGACCCUGACUGGUUUCCAUGUCCUGUGACGUAACUCCAAACUGUAGUAUAAGAUCAGUUCAGAAAGUGCCUGCUCAGGAAAUUCAC